UUCAUAGACAUAGUCCAGGAAAAGGAAGCACAAAUAAUAAGAACUCUCUACCACAAGAAGUAAUGGUAGAGUAAUGUCAUUUCAAUAGGAAGCUGGUGGCGACGAUGGCGGACAGAAUCUUUUAUGCCGAAGUGAAUGUGACUGCACGUGGAUCUUCUGCAGCUACAACUGCCAAUAAUCCUUCAGAAACCCCUGCAAGAAAAAACAAAAAAGGACAUAGAAAUGUGUCUGGGGGGCAGAAGAGACGGCAGAAAGAAACAGUGAAUGUUGAAUCUCAAAGGAGCAGACGAAGUCCAGACUCCAGUUCCUACAAAUUCAAGUACCUGAUCAUUGGCCUCUCAUUGACUAGUCUUAUUCUUCUGGCCAGCACCAUCACUCUGGCAGUUAUCACUGUUGCAUCCAGUAAUAAUGAAGAUCUGCAGCUGGUUCUGGAUAAAUGUUCUUGCGAGAGACAUUCGCCAAAUAUCAGCUGGACACGGAGCGAAGAUUCUGAGCGAAACCUGACCCAGUUGCUGCAUCGCUCGACUCAGGUCUCCAAGUGUUUGAAACAAGCGAUUCAGGAAGCAGAAUGGACCAGCAAAUGCCCCGCAGGUUGGACCCUCCUCAAUCACAGGUGUUAUUUCUUCUCUACGGAGAGAAGGACACGGCCAGAGAGUGAUGAGUUCUGCAAGGCACAAAUGGCUCAACUAGCAACGGUCAAAGGACAAGAUAAUAUUUUACAGUGUUACAUUAGGAACCUCGGUGCAGCUUAUUGGGUCGGACUGGUACAUAGAACAGAGAGGCACCAGACAAACAUUGUCAUGAGGUGGUACUGGCCCGAUGGAGCAGCAGAGCCGUCGAUGGCCAGUUCCCCGGCGGGAUUCUGUGCCAGAAUAGAUGGAGCACUGGGAGUCGCUGACUGUUCUGUUCAGCUGCAGUGGAUCUGCCAAAAAGGAACAGACAAAUCGAAAUUAUUUGAAAGAAUGAAGAGCUGUUACAGCUAAGGAUUUACUGAUGCAUCUGGCACACACACGUCUCUCCACUCAUUUCAUGGGGCAAAUAAACAGGACUGUGAGUGCAAGUUGCAUCAAUUAAUUCUGUUCCAUCUGUAGCUAAGGAUAAUUUCCCAUUUUUCAGCAACUAUAAAGCCCAGAGAGAUGCAGCCCAAUGAAGCGACAGAGAUGUGACAAUGAAUAAAACAGAAAUCUCAUGUCUAAGUGACACUUUGUCUACCAUUUUUUAAAUUUUCUGAUAUGCUGAUAUUUCUGAUGUUUUACGUUUUAUUCUGAUUGCUGAAUUCCAUCCUGUUUUUUUAAAAAAUGUG